AUGAGGACAUUCCUCUUUCUCUUUGCUGUUCUCUUCCUUUUGGCCCCAGGUAAAAUGAACGUCUUUGUAGGGAAGGUUCUAGAGGUGGUGGCCCAGAGAAAGAGUCUGCUUCAAAUUAAUCCCAGUGGCUCCUUCCCUUCCAUAGCCAGGAACGCGUUUUUUGACGAGAAAUGCUCCAAGCUUCAAGGGAGGUGCGUGAAUUCUUGUCAGAAAAAUGAAGAACUUGUUGCUCUCUGCCAGAAGUCUCUGAAAUGCUGCCUGACCCUCCAGCCAUGUUGGAAGAACACAAAUGAUUAAAUCUGAAGGCUCUGGCAUUCCAGAGUGACAUAAAUGACCUCAUUUUGUCUUCUUUUUACUCUGGUCUCUUCAGUGAGAAGACACCUCAAUAAAAAUA